CGGAGAAAUGCAUACCAUCAAGCAAACCUUCAAGUAGUUCUUGUAGUCUACUCGAGUUUCCUUGCUUUGAUAAAAUGGGUUCAAUUGCAUCCCCUAAACCUCAUGCAGUUCUAGUCCCAUACCCUGCACAAGGGCAUGUGAGUCCCCUGAUGCAGCUUGGGAAGCUUUUACACUCUCGUGGCUUUCACAUCACUUUUGUCAAUACUGAGCAUAACCACAGACGCUUAAUUCGUUCCAGAGGUCAGGAAUUCAUUAAUGGCCUUCCAGAUUUCAAGUUUGAAGCAAUCCCAGAUGGGUUGCCACCUACUGAUCGUGAUGCCACCCAACAUGUUCCUUCGCUUUGUGAUUCUACCAGAAAGAAUUGCUUGGCUCCUUUCAAAGAGCUAAUUGCCAAGCUAAAAGCUUCCACUGAUGUGCCUCCAAUUACUUGCAUAAUUUCAGAUGGAGUCAUGGCCUUUGCUAUUGAUGCUGCUCGACAUUUUGGCAUUCCAGAGUUCCAAUUUUGGACUGCCUCAGCCGGAAGCUUCAUGGCUUAUCUACAUUAUGUUGAACUCGUCAGAAGGGGCAUAGUCCCAUUCAAAGAUGAAAGUUUCAUGCAUGAUGGCACUCUUAAUCAACCAGUUGAUUUCGUUCCGGGAAUGCCUAACCUGAAACUGAGGGACAUGCCUAGCUUUAUCAGAGUCACUGAUGUAAACGACAUAAUGUUCGAUUUUUUGGGAUCAGAAGCACAUAGGAGUCUGAAAGCUGAUGCAAUCAUUUUCAACACAUUCGAUGAGUUUGAACAAGAAGUGCUAGAUGCCAUUGCAGCCAUGUACCCCAAGAUUUACACUAUAGGUCCAUUUACCCUGCUUGAGAAGGGCAUACCUGAGGGCAAGUCCAAGGCAUUUAGAUCAAGCUUAUGGAAGGAGGAUUUAAGCUGUCUGGAGUGGCUCGAUAAAAGAAAGCCAGACUCAGUUGUGUAUGUAAACUAUGGCUGUGUUACUACAAUAACAGACAAACAGCUUAUAGAAUUUGCCUGGGGUCUUGCAAAUAGCAAGCAUCCAUUUUUAUGGAUUGUUAGGCCUGAUAUUGUGAUGGGUGAAUCCGCAGUCUUGCCUGAGGAAUUUUACGAGGAAAUCAAGGACAGAGGAUUGCUGGUGAAUUGGGUACCGCAAGAUCGUGUUCUUCAACACCCAUCAGUUGGUGUUUUCCUCUCACACUGUGGAUGGAAUUCUACCAUGGAAUGUGUUUCUGGCGGUAAGCCUCUCAUCUGCUGGCCUUUCUUUGCUGAGCAACAAACAAAUUGCAAAUAUGCAUGUGACGUGUGGAAGACUGGCAUGGAGCUUAGUACUGACUUAACCAGAGAUGAACUUGUGGGUAUCAUCAAGGAAGUGAUGGAAACUGAGAAUGGAAAAGGAAUGAAGGGAAAUGCUAUGGAAUGGAGAAAGAAAGCAGAAGCAGCCACCAGUGUUGGAGGAGUAUCUUACAAUAACUUCGACAGAUUCAUUAAGGAGGCCAUCCUUCAAGAGAAGCCUGAGUAAUAAUACUAGUGCUUGUGGAACCCAGUUGCUACCUUCGUAAGAUACUAAGAUAAAAUAAGCCAUUGGCAUUGCUUGCUCCUGCUAGGGAAAAAUUAAUAUUAUUUAGGAAUUGUCUUAAUUAAUUCCAAUAUAUGUAUGUUUUUGCAGAAAAGUAAUGCGAGUGAGAGUUGGAGACAACCAGUGGGAAUUGUGAGUGCUCCACUCGAUUAUAUUCAUGAUAUCGUAUCUUAUUAAUUAAUAAAAUUUUUGUUUAUGCUUGUGUAA